AUGUCGAGGGAAGGACUCGGACUACCACGUGGAAUUGGUCAACGAGAUUACGGUGCGAUGAGUAGCACGGCGGCAACCAGCUCGGACGGUAACUUUGGCGGGUUCAGUCCCACCGAGUUCAUCUCGCUCAGCGAAUCGAUUGCGGCCAACACGAUCUUCGUGAAACAGAGCUGGCAGUUUUUGGAGAAGGCAAAUCGUACGAUCGGCACGGCAAAAGACAAUCAGUCGCUGAGGGAUAAAAUCAAUGAUAUUCAAACGGGCACGAAUCAGCGGAUUGCCACGACCACCAAAGACCUGCAGCGCUUAACGGUGGUUGUGCGUGGCGGUGACAAGCAGCAGAAAUUGCAGGUCGAAAAACUGACCUCCGAUUUCAAGCAGGUGGUCCAAUUCUACUCCAAAAGUCAACAGAGCAUAGCGGCCAAGAUGAAACAGGUGUUUCUGGUGAACGCAUCGCAGGCGGACGAUCUGGCUGCAGGUGAAGCUGGACUGAUCGGGACAACAGAGCAGCAACAGGAGCUGCAGAGACAGAAACAACUUCAGCAGAGUUUACAGUUCGAACAGGAUAUGCUGCUGGAACGGGAGCAACGUUUUCGGGAGAUUGAGGCAAACGUGCUCGAUGUCAAUCACAUCAUGCGGGAACUAAGCAAUCUUACGACCCAGCAGAGUGAAGUGAUUGACACAAUCGAAAACUCAAUCGGACGAACGGUGGACAACGUGGAGAGCGGUGCGGAAGAGUUGGUAAAGGCAGCUGAGUACCAAAAUCGGUACCGGCGCAAAGUGUUGAUAUUGCUGAUCGUCGCUGUGAUACUGGGCCUCGUGGUGACCGGCAUUAUCGUGUCAAAGCUGAAGAGCUAA